AUGGUUGCUGGGGUUGCCCUGGACGAUUUACUCUACGGAGGACUUCUAGUCUCUUGCAUUUUAUUUGGCUGGUGUUUCCGUCGCAUCAAAAAUCCUGUGAAAAAGAAAUGGAUCUCGACAACUGUGGGGUUCCUUCUAGUUCUAACUGUGUCGGGUACCCAUGUACUCAGACCCUUGAUUGUGACAACUGUGAAUGCAUUCUUCAUAACUGUUAUGGGGAAAAAGUACAGUCACAUACUCAGUUUUAUCUUCACCUUUGGUUUCCUGACAUUCUUCCGAGUAUCUGACUACUUUAGUGCUCCUUAUGCACCGGGACCAGUGAAUCUCAUUAAUAUGGUUCUAACAAUGAGGAUGGUGGGAUUGGCAUUUGAAUCUCGAGAUAGUUGGCUGGCUCACAAAACUGAGAGUAAAAUGGCUACAUCAGGUGCCAAGUUGUCAGAAAUGGAAGAAAAAGAGCCAUUGGACAUUCAUCCUGGCUUUUUGGAUGUUUACCACUAUGCUUUUUGUUAUGUGGGUGUACUGACAGGUCCAUAUUUCCGAUACAAUACUUACAGAGAUAUGAUCAAUACCCCAUUUGCAAAGUUUGCCCCUUGCUGGGAGGCAACCGUAGAGAGGCUUGUGCUGUUGCCGUUUUCUAUUUUGGCUUUCUUGUGUGUCAAUAGCAUGUACCCAAACAAGAUGGCUCUUGCUGAUGAAUUUUACACAGACCAUAGUGUAUUAUAUCGCAUUGUAUUUUUAAGUAUUUCUUUCUUCAAUUUCCGUAUGCGAAUUUACACGGGUGUUAUGCUCUCUGAGUGUGUUUGCACCAUGGCAGGAUUGGGAGCCUAUCCUGAAUUUUGCAAACCUCGCUAUGGGAUGGGCCCAACUUGCCGGUGGCAAGAGGUUGCUCGACUGGGAAGAAGUCCUGUUCAAGCAAUGAGAGAAAAGUACAACUUUGAAACAAUCCACAGUGUGAUUAUUUCAAGUUGUGAAUUUGAGCCAACUGUACGACAAAGUAUGAAGAGUUGGAAUAUGACUAUCCAGUACUGGUUAGCUGCAUACGUUUACAAAAGGUUCCCUGUGAAACCUCUGAGGACUUUUGCCACUAUGUUUAUGUCAGCAUUUUGGCAUGGAGCGCAUGCUGGAUAUUAUUUGUGCAUCAUGUCUGUUCCUCCUCAUCUUGUUGUUGAAGAUUUGUAUGUGAAGCUUUUUAUGAAGACUGCUGGACCACAUUUCAAGAGAAUCCUAAGCUUCAUGCUAUGGUACAUGCGUGUGCAAGGAUUUGCUUACAUGAGUAUUACAUUCCAACUGCUUACCAUUGAAGCAGCUCUUCGCUACUGGGGCUCCAUAUAUUUCUGCUACCACUGGACAUUGGGACUUCUGUACAUCAUUGGUCUCAUUAUUCAACUGCGGAGAUCGAAAAAGGGGGAAGCUGUCCAGCAGGCUGUGCACCAUGAUUUCCAUGCAAUUGAUCCACCCAAAACACAAAAAACCGAAUGAAGAAGGGGGAACCAACUUGAUCCUUUAUGGCACAACUCUUCUGCGCCCUCAACUCCUGUGCUGGACCCUGCACGGCGCGGUGCGAUUAGAAGCAGUCUGCAUUCAAGUCUUCAUCAUCGAAUAAACAGUGAAUAUUACAUACGAGACAGCUGGCUGUAAGUCUGCUUGGAAGCUGGUAAAAGAAUGGAUGUAGUGAUGUUGAUGCCAGUAACAGUAUUGUUGUUAUUCGUAACAAUGAUUGGCAGAGGAUUCUGAAAUUACAAAUCAACCUGUUAAACAACAGGUGCAGUGCUGAGUGUGUAUUUGAGUGUGUAAGUCUGUGUGUGUAUUAAUAAAUGGCACACUGAGUAUUGAGCACUGUAAUAAAUUGCAGGUACUGAGAAAGUUAAAAUUUCUGGACAUGUAUUAAUGAUACUGGUGUUGGCAGCACUUCUUCCAUCUUUAAUGACUAAUACAUCUUUGUAAAGUCACAAAUCAGCUUAUCAUUUGAUUGUCUUCCAGCAUGGGUUUUAUGACCAUAAAUUAUUUAAGCCAAUUGCUGACUGAAAUAAGAUGACUGUUGCGCUAGAUGUACUGACAGUUUAUUGCUCUUCUUUUUAAAAAGGCAUCAUUACUACUCAAAAAAGUAUAUGUGAAAGGAUAUUGAAUGCUGGUUAGCAUGGCAUUUUGCAUUAAAAUCAUUCAGCUUCUCCCUUACAGACUGAUAAAUUGAAGGACACUGGGGGAUAAUGAAACAAAUUUUAAGAUCAUUAUUUCUAGGGGCUCAAAUGUUUGCAUUAGGUAAUGGAAUAUGAUUCUGCAUGUUCCAUGAUACUAAUCGGUUGUAGGGAAAGGCUUAUUCAUGCAAAGUGCCAUAGCUGCUGAUGGAUGCUCUGAAAUCUUUGUGCCACAAAGGGUUAGGUUGUUUCCCCAUCAUACAAAUGUUUGAAUCCAAACAAAUCCGAAUUCGUAAGAGAUAUUGGUCAUAACCUGUAGAUUAUAGCACCAGAAUCACUUUUCUUUAAUCUCCACUGCCAAUAGAAAAAGUUUUUAAAAAAAGAAGAAAAAAAAGCUACAUUUUACAUGUGAUUUAUAGAGCUAUUAGAUGCACGAGUAAUUACAAGACCCAAACUUUCUCUUUUCUGUGUUAUGACCAAUUCUUGAGAUUUGGCAAGAUCAAAAAGUUAAUCUAAUUGAAAAUUUGCUUCUGAUGCUGUUUUAUUAGGGUGUUCAGCAGUGCAAUAUGUCCACGAGUAUGAGACUCAUUUUUAUGGAGUAACAAAGACACGUCUACACAGGGACAAGUAAUUUUUAUUAUGUUUUACUUGUCUCGGAACCUUGAAAGACAGUAGGUUUCAGAUCUUUACUGACCUUGUACUUCGAAAUCAAGGCUUGAAAUAAUGAAGUAGUUUCACCAAAUUUUUCGAGAUACAAUUUAGACUUGUAACUUUAUUUUUUAAGAACAAUUGCCCCAAAUCCUUUUUCCUUUUUCCUUUUAUUUUUUUUUAUCAUGGGAAGAACUCUCUUUUUUAUUCUGUCUUGUCAAUAAAAUGAUAAGUAAAGGUUCCUCAAAUAAAUAAGCUGGACACCCUUUCUUGAAAUUUCUAGUAGAGUUUUUGGUAAAAGUUGAAUCUAACACUUGCUUGCAAGCAAUUGGCACAGUUCUUUGAGGUGCUUGGUAGUGAAGACAGGUUAUUGCAUAGCGUGAUCAGAUUGUUGAAUGAAGAGGGCCUUUGCUAGAGUUGUGAAUUUUUAAGACUAUUUCACAUUUUGCAACAUUCUCAAAUGUAGUUGUGUAGUCUUUUGACUUUGCCAAGCCUAGCUGUAUAAUUGAAUCUCUUUAGCUAUGUUUAGUUUUUUUUUGUCUGUAAACUGCAUUUAUUUCAUAGUUUUUCAGUGUGCUGUCUCUACUUACUUUUUUUUUCUAGAUCUAUUUUUUUUUUUUAUUGAAUUAACAGCUUAUUUUUUUUACUUGAAUGUGUCAGAGCUGAAGCAGCUAUUGGCAUCAAAGGACAUUGGAGAUGCCUGCAAUAAGUGCAAUGUUUUCCUACUCAUCAAAGUUUUAAACCUUUGAUGAAAUUUUUCCUUCAUUCCAAACAAUAAAUUUCUUACGAAUGGGAUAAGAUUAAAAAAAAAUCUCUGUGUUACUAUACUGUAAAUAUAAAUAUAAGGGUAACUAACACUUUAUUUGUACUUUUAAAAGUAUUUUUAUGGCUGUGGAUUAUUAUGAAGGUUCUCUUCUUUUUAUCUUAAUUAGGUAUUAAUGAUUACUUGCUCAACAGGAGGCUUUGCACUUUAUUUAGUUGCUGCAUAUGGAAAAGGUUGUGAAAAGAACAACACAACACAACCAUAUCUGAAACCGGACUCUCUACACUCAAUAAUUUCAUUCCUGGUAUUGUAGUUGCAUUGUAUUUUGGUUUUGGACUGAAGCUGAUACAUUCCAUGACCUAACCUUGUGAUUUUGUGCAAUUUUCCCCAAGACUAUCUCACUGUACAUAGUUUUAGUGUAAGUUUAGCUCAAUUUUAUAGGGUGGAUAAUUUUUUUUUAAAGCUCUAUGGUCCUACUGCACCAGUUUUGUUACAAGGGCUUGCUAAGAAUCGGGUAUCUACAGAACUCUUGCUUAGAGUUUGCCUAUAAAUGAAUUUUCUGUUAAUAAAGCAGGUGGCUAGUGUAGAUGCGAGAAAACUUUUGGGAGCAAUAAUGUCUCCAACCGUUGAGGGUUGAGAUGAGUGAUAAUCUUUUGUUGAAAAGAAUGAACCACAGGAUGACUAUUAUGGGUUUGUGAAUAUUCCUGUCAGUGUCAGAUUGUUACAAGGUAAACUACAUGGACCUGAUGUUUAUGUGAUAAGUAUCAAGUAAGGGCGUAGCAAAGCAAAACUAUUUGAUACAUCAUCAGACUAUUCAGAAUUCAUGUAACAGCUUUUUUUUACCAUCAAACUUGGGUUAGGAAUGUAUUUUGAGGAAGUUCCCACUUGUUUAGCUUUAAUUUGGAAAUUACAUAGCAAAUAUCUGCGAUUUCUUUUUGAAAUAGACUGUAGUGGAAGCUUGUGAUUGGAAUUCAGGCAACACGACUUAGGAUUAUAGUUAAAAAGGCAAACUAUUAAUAGUUCAAAAUAAUCCUUAGCAUCGAGUUGUAGCAUUUAAGCUAUUUGUGUGUAACCAUGGAGGGGCUCAUGCAUUUGCACUUAAGCACUGCUUUGGUCAUUACCUGCUUGUAGAAGUCGCUUCAAGACCUAUUGAGAGGAAAAUCUGAAAUCUGAGUGUUUGUUGCAAGUGAUCCCAUCCUUCUUCCACGACCAUUCUUUCUUUAUCUGAGUACACUGUUCCAAUCUGACACCAGAUGAUAAUGUUCAGGUCUCAUUCUUGCACAGUUGCAUUUUAAAUUGCAUUAUUAAUUGUUCUUGACUUAUAGGAAAUAAAAAACUUGUGUGACAGGCCAAGAAUUUGUUUAACAAAUUCUUUAACCUUGGGGUAAGAAGAAAUUGUUAAAAAUAUUUUAGCGCUUUUAUAAAGUUUUUGAAGGGUUGUGGGUGGCUUUUAUUUUCACUAUGAAGACUUCAUGUAUACAUUAGUUUAGUCGCUUCUUUUGAUUAUUUAUUUUACAUACUAAUGAUUAUAAUACUUGAUCAGUUCCUGCCAUUGCUGGCAACUUUUGUACAAACACCCUUUUUCUUUUAUACAGAACAAACUUUUAUUUUACAAUGUUUUCUUUGCUCAAUUUUAAUUUUUGUGCCAUUUUUUUUUUUUUUGAUAUGUUAUUAGGUGAAGGCUCUAAUGUCACUGUAACUCUUAGCGCUAUUUGAAAUUAUGGUUACUGUGGAAUAGGAAUUUUUUGCAAAGGCAAAUAAAACCUUUAAAGCACAA